GCUCAGAACGCGCACCCGAUGUCCUUUCGGGAGAUGUCCUUAGCCGCUCCUUGCUGAGGCGCUGUCUGUAUAUCCGAAUCGAACCAUGCUGACUGUGAAUUAUGCGGGGUCAAGUCAUCUGCUCGACACCAUCUUUGGAACAACUCCAGUGAUAAAGAGGGACUUCAUAAGACCUAUUAGAAAGCCUCUUCUCUCAUUCACUCAAGCAUAAGCCCAAUCCAUCAUCACGAACACUCUUCCUUCCUUCACAUCAGCACCAUCAAUACCCCACAAAAAUCUAUCGAAAUGACACCAUCAGCGACUGGCGGAAAUGCCAACGGCGCUCCCAAGGAGGAGGGUCUUGGCCAGGCCUUCACACAGCAAGUCAUCGACUCUUUCGGCCCCAAGACUGACCCUCGUCUUAAAGAGGUGAUGACAUCUUUUAUCCAGCACAUGCACGACUUUGCGCGCGAGACACAACUCACCUGCGAUGAGUGGAUGUCUGCUGUUAAGAUGAUUAACUGGGCUGGACAAAUGAGCAACGACAAGAGAAAUGAGGGUCAAUUGAUGUGCGAUGUUAUUGGUCUCGAGAGUCUUGUUGAUGAUAUUACACACCGUCAAGCAGCCAAGAACGGCGUAGCAGCAACUGAGACUGCUAUUCUGGGUCCCUUCUGGCGACAUGAUACCCCUACUCGUGAGAAUGGCACCACAAUUACUUUCGACACCCCCAGCGAUGGUGUUGUCGCCUAUCUCUACGGCACUGUGACAUCAGCGGCUACUGGAAAGCCCAUCCCUAACGCCUCUGUCGAGGUUUGGCAAGCAUCCACCAACGGCCUCUACGAGCAGCAGGAUGAGAAGCAGGUUGAGCAUAACCUCCGUGGCAAGUUCAUCACCGACGACCAGGGUCGAUACUCCUUCUACUGCCUACGACCUACUCCUUAUCCCGUUCCCGAUGAUGGCCCUGCCGGUCAACUUCUCCACCUCCUCGACCGCCACCCUUUCCGCCCUGCCCAUCUGCACUUCAUGGUCAUUGCUGAGGGCCACAAGUCUGUUGUUACUCAGAUCUUUGAUUCUGACUCAGGCUAUCUCGAGAACGAUAGUGUCUUCGCUGUUAAGGAUGGCCUAACAGUGAAGUUUGUGCCACGAAAAGGAGAUCCCAAGGCUGAGUGGGAGUUGGAGUACAACAUGAGCCUGUCAAACGAGUCAUAGAGCAGUAGCAUUUGUUUUUUUUUACAGCCAUAGCGAAUUUCAUUGGGUUUCUUUGGA